AUGUCGACAACGACCCCCGCCCCAGCCGCGGAUCAGGUCCAAUUCGAAAAGGUCCUCUGGCGCAAGCAGCCCUUCGCAGACAACUUUGUCCCGCCCUCCUUCCUCUCGGACCUGCGCACCAACUCGCAAGUCGUCCUGCCCUCCUUCGCCGAGCUGGUCGUCGCAUCGCUCCGCAUCUCGACGCGCUUCCUCAGCGUGAUCCUGUUCGCGCUCCUUUUCGUGCAUCUGCACCUUUCGACCCUCGACUCGGAGGUUCUACUUCUCUUGACGCUCCUCGCCUUCCUCCUCCUCUCCGGCCUUCCAUCUUUCAGCACCUUCGCGAGUGUCGACCGUCGAACGCGUCGCAAACGAGCAGUCUCCAGCAUUCUCACCAAAACAAUCAUGGCUCUGGUCCUGCUCGCCGUAUCGCCCGUCCUACGAACACUCACAGAGUCGACCACGUCGGACAGCAUCUGGGCGCUCUCGGUCAUGCUCUUCACCUUGCAUCUCGUUCUCGCCGACUAUUCUGCCGCAAAAGGAGGCGGGAAGCUGAGCAGCACGUUGUCGUUCAACGCUGCGAUCUCGGCAAGUGUCGUUCUGGCCUCGCGGUUGAAGACCGACAGCGAGAGUUUUACCUUGCUGGCGCUGGCGGUGUUGCUGUUUGCGCCGACCACGUGGCAAGGGGAGGGGAACGGGUGGGGAGAAGGUGUGAGGUGCGCGACAAUGUACGUGCUCACCAUGGUCACGGGCUUGCUAUUUGCCAUGACAGGCCAAGGCGGGUGGGUGUGGGUCGUGGGUGCUUGGGUGAACGUAGCUGUGCUGUUCGUAUCCCUGGUAUGUCCAUGGUGGAUCACCCGCGCUCAACGGUGGAAGAUGGAGAUCAAAGGUCCAUGGGACCCCGCCGAACCGAUCCUGUCCUCUCGCACACGCUAG